UUUUCAGGGGUUACGACCGGUGGCUUAUGGUAACUCUGUGCAUGAGAUAGUUGAGAUUCUGAAUAUGUGUAUAGAUCUUACGCAUCUCUUGGUGAUUUGUAAUACUCAAUGAAUCAAGCCUAAGGUUGUUCGAAUAGGGGUCUCGCGUAAAUAUAUAAAGGACGGGAGCAAGUCGUUGAUGGAUGAUGUAUAAUGCCAUAGCCUAAUCACUACCUACCUAGUGUUAUAUAUACCUCUUGCACAUACGCUUUCCAAGAAGAGCUCGUAGCUGUCAUUCGUUCAUAACCGUAACAGUGUGUCUAAGAUGGAAACGCCCGAAGCUAAGCCCUACAACUUACCAGACGACGCAGUCUGGCUCAUCACCGGCUGCUCGUCCGGCAUAGGCCAAGCCCUCGCGCAGCACAUAGCGACCGCCCACCCGGCGCAGCGCGUCGUCGCCACGGCGCGCAACCCCUCCUCGCUCUCCGCCAUCCCGGACGGCCCGAACGUCCUCAAGCUCGCGCUCGACGUGACGUCCACGGCCUCCAUCGACGCCGCCUUCGCCGCCGCGCUCGCCGCCUACGCGCGCGUCGACGUCGUCGUCAACAACGCCGGGUACAACGUGAUGGGGGACGCCGAGGCCUCGCCGGCGGGCAACGGCGCGGCGCGGGCGCUCAUGGACGCGAACUUCUGGGGCGCGGUGGACGUGUCGAAGCGGGCGUUGCCCGUCUUCCGGGAUGUGAACCCGAACGCGAAAUCCGGAGGCCAAGGGGGACGGGGAGGAGGGGUUAUUGUGAAUGUCUCUUCGCUGGGCGGGUUCCUCGGCAGCCCGGGGAACGCGUUCUACCACGCGAGCAAGUUCGCGCUGGAAGGGUUCGCGGAGAGCCUGGCGAAGGAGGUGCUGCCGGAGUGGAACGUGCACGUGUGCUGCGUGGAGCCGGGCGGGGUGCGGACGAGCUACGCGACGACGGCGUUGGCGCGGCGGCUGCCGCGGCGGCACGCGGCGUACGAUCGGGCCGACGGGCCGACGACGCGGAUGCUGGCGUUUAUGGAUGCGCUGGAGCUGCACGCGGGGUUCGCGUCGGCGGGAGAGAUCGCGGAGAAGAUCUACGAGGUGGUGGGGGGCGGGAGGAAGAUCCCGAUACGGGUGCCGCUGGGGAAGGAUAGCUGGGGGAUGGUGAUGGCGGAGACGGAGAAGGUGAGGAGGGAGUUGGAGGAGUGGAAGGAGUUUAGCUGCGCGGUGGGGAAUCCGGAGGUGGAGGGGAUGGCGAAGCUCGUUAAGUAGGUAGGUAGGCACGUAAGGUAGGAUUUUAUAUAUUAGGUAGGUAGUCGAGGAAAACUUGACGAAUUCGAACCUACCUAGGUUAGUAUAAUUGGUAAGAGCUCCGUGUUAUGGUAUAAGGGGAUAGAAGUGGGAUCAUGGGAGUUGAUCGUUUGGAGUUGUAUAACUUCGAUUUAUUUAAAUUAUGUCUCUCCUUCACUAAGCUAGAUAUUCUACCUUCGGUGGGAAGGUUCCAAGCUUUAGACUAAUUUCUUAUAGAAUCCUCUUCAUAUAAUCCUUAUGCUGAUUAGUGAGGUAACUAACUGUAUGGCGCUCCUCGUCAUUUUCAUGAUUAUACUUAGUA